GAGGUCAAGGGAGAGAGUAGGGGUUCGGGGCAGCCAGGGGUUCAGGAAGUAACUGAAAGUAAGUUGUGUCAGCCCAGUGAUCAGAAGGGAACUGAGGACCAGAGGAAUAUUUCGAGGGGAACUGCAGUGUAAGGGUGUAUGGGGAGAAGUGGGGGGGCUCCAUAAAAUAAUUGGGGAGAUUCCAAGUCAGGGGGAAUUAGAGAAGAAUUAGAGGCUAAUUAGAGGUGCCUAGAGAGUGUGGGGCUCAGAUAACUCAGAAGAAUGACUGGACCAGGUGGGAAUGAGGGCAGAGGACUCAGAAUUGGGGUGGGAAGGCGAGGGGCAGGUGGACUGGAGGGUGAGAGGGAGCCUGAGGGUGUGUGUCUUGGGGGAUGGGCAGAGACCCUUGCUGGCCCACGUCGUGGCAGUGAGAGCAGAGGACUCUGCUAGGUCCCAUCUCCCCUGGAGCCCUCGGGCUUUUCAGGCGUUUCCACUCUGUCCUCGACCCUGUCUGUCCUGCUGGAGUUGGUGACGGGGAAAGGGGCUCUGGCCCGCUCCUCUCCAUCUCCAUCGGCCUCCCUUUCCCACAGCCAUCAAUUAUUCAUCGGCUCAGACAGCCGCCUCCCUGACAGGGCAGGCUGGUCCUCCUCUCCUCUCUAAGCCCCUCCCCACCUCAGCCACACUGCCACAGAGGCCCUGGCAAGGGAGGACGGCCAUCCAGGCAGCACAGACCUGGCAAGAGGACUGCCGGACCCUGCCUAGGAUCACGCCUCCUCCCCCGUUCUCCUGCCCACCUCCCGGUGCCAGGAAGCCCCUGGAGAAGAUGCCCAUCCAGAUCUUCUGCUCUGUGUCCUUCUCCUCUGGAGAGGAGGCCCCAGGGCCCUUGGGAGAUGUUUGGGGUCCCCACCAGCGGCAACAGCGGGACAACUCAGAAUCAGAAGAGGAGGGAGAAGAGAAGGAAAAGGAGGCAGAGAGGAAGGGGGCCAGAGAGGGGGACUUACCGAUGGACUUGGUGGCCUUUGCCAACAGCUGCACCCUUCAUGGAGCCAGCCACAUCUUUGUGGAAGGGGGUCCAGGGCCACGGCAGGCCCUGUGGGCAGCGGCCUUUAUCCUGGCACUGGGUGCCUUCUUGUGCCAGGUCGGGGAUCGAGUUGCCUAUUACCUCAGCUACCCACAUGUGACUCUGCUAGAUGAAGUGGCCACGACGGAGCUGGCCUUCCCGGCGGUCACCCUCUGCAACACCAAUGCCGUGCGGCUGUCCCAGCUCAGCUACCCCGACUUGCUCUACCUGGCCCCCAUGCUGGGGCUGGAUGAAAGCGAUGACCCCGGGGUGCCCCUCGCCCCACCGGGGCCCGAGGCCUUCUCUGGGGAGCCCUUUAACCUGCACCGCUUCUACAAUCGCUCCUGCCACCGGCUGGAGGACAUGCUGCUCUAUUGCUCCUACUGCGGGGGGCCCUGUGGCCCUCACAACUUCUCAGUGGUCUUCACACGGUACGGAAAGUGCUACACGUUCAACUCUGGCCGAGAUGGGCGUCCCAGGCUGAAGACCAUGAAGGGUGGGACGGGCAAUGGGCUGGAGAUCAUGCUGGACAUUCAGCAGGACGAGUACCUGCCCGUGUGGGGGGAGACCGAUGAGACGUCCUUCGAAGCGGGCAUCAAAGUGCAGAUCCACAGUCAGGAUGAACCUCCCUUCAUCGACCAGCUGGGCUUCGGUGUAGCCCCAGGGUUCCAGACCUUCGUGGCCUGUCAAGAGCAGCGGCUCAUCUACCUGCCCCCGCCCUGGGGCACCUGCAAAGCUGUUACCAUGGACUUGGAUUUCUUCGACUCCUACAGCAUUACCGCCUGCCGCAUCGACUGUGAGACCCGCUACCUGGUGGAGAACUGUAACUGCCGCAUGGUGCACAUGCCAGGGGAUGCCCCAUACUGCACUCCAGAGCAGUACAAGGAGUGUGCAGAUCCUGCCCUGGACUUCCUGGUGGAGAAGGACCAGGAGUACUGUGUGUGUGAAAUGCCCUGCAACUUGACUCGCUAUGGCAAGGAGCUGUCCAUGGUCAAGAUCCCCAGCAAAGCGUCAGCCAAGUACCUGGCCAAGAAGUUCAACAAGUCUGAGCAGUACAUAGGGGAGAACAUCCUGGUGCUGGACAUUUUCUUUGAAGUCCUCAACUAUGAGACCAUUGAGCAGAAGAAGGCCUAUGAGAUCGCAGGACUCCUGGGUGACAUUGGAGGCCAGAUGGGUCUGUUCAUCGGGGCCAGCAUCCUCACUGUGCUGGAGCUCUUCGACUACGCCUACGAGGUGAUAAAACACAAGCUGUGCAGACGAGGGAAGUGCCAGAAGGAGGCAAAACGGAGCAGCGCGGACAAGGGCGUGGCCCUCAGCCUGGAUGACGUCAAAAGACACAACCCGUGUGAGAGCCUCCGGGGCCAUCCUGCCGGGAUGACGUAUGCUGCCAACAUCCUACCUCACCAUCCGGCCCGAGGCACUUUUGAGGACUUUACCUGCUGAGCUCCGCAGGCCGCUGUACCAAAGGCCUAGAUGGGGAGGGCUAGGAGAGCAAGGGGGCCCCCAGCUGCCCCGCCCUGGGGACUCACUCCCCCCUCCAAGGCAGCCCCCCACUCCUGGGCGGUCCUUUCCUCUUGUCUGUGGUGAGGAAGGAGUCUUGACCGUAGAGUCCUCUCCCUGCCUCUAACCCAUUGUUUUUUUUGUUGUUGUUUUUUUAACAAAACUAAUCUAAAACAGAAACUAAAAAGAGAGAACUGGGCGAGUGACCUCAGGCUGCCCCUCUCUGCUCCAUGCUGCCUCCCACAGCUCCCAGCCUGAAUUCUGUCUGUCUGGCUGUCUGUCAUCUGAGUGUCCACCUACAUUUUGCUGCCACCAGUCACCAAAGCCCCCUCCCAGUGGGGGGUGGAGGGGAUCCUCGGGGUCUGGAAUUUGGCCCCACACCAGAGAAUGUACCUUGAAGGGGAGGGCUAGUAGGGGGGGCUUCCCCAGCCUUAAGAGACCCUCUCAGCCCAGUGACCGCCCCCAACCCCAAGUCUCCAGGCAGGAUCCCGAGUCGUGUCUGUUCCCUCCCCACCACCCCACACAGUGUGAAGUCUCUAGGGAGGUAGGGGUGGGGAAUCCCCUGAAGAAGUGGCACUGGGGACAAGCUGUGGCCCUGGUGCUGUAGGCCACAUCCUGAUACCUACAAGUUCACCCCCACCCAGAGCUGCUGGAGAGAUAUCCCAAGAGGCGGCCCUCCUCUGCCAUCCCAUAAAAGAUUCAGCUGGUUGGCUUCCAGGUCAGGGAGAGGGGCACUGGUGCCUAACCUCACGGGUCCCUCUCCCAGGGGCCCCUGCAGAGGGCCACAUCCAUAAAUUUUCUUAUGGAACUCUCCCAAGUCCUCUCCCGAAACGUCAUUUGCUUCUCUCAACAACUUCAUCUGCAUUUUCUAUUUCUAUAUGAUACAGACUCUAUAUUGCUAUAUCUCUGUAUAUACUUUCCCCUGACUCUGUCUCUACUUCAUCCCCUCUUGUCUCUAAGAACCACCCUCCGACCCCAAGUUCCCCUUCUGUGUUUCCACCCCCUCCCUGGUCUCUGAAUGCCUUCGCCUGUAUAAAGAGUUGGAUUCUCCCCUGGUGUCUGUACUGUGUACACACAUCCCUCUAAGAAGCACAAGGAGACGACACGCGCAUUGUAACCUUCGCACUGUCUCGGUGGCGACAUAAAGGAAGCUGUGAAUUACAAGCUCUGCCUCUUUCUGGCCUCACCUUCUCUCCCCAACCUGGGUACCCUUUGCCCUCCCUGCAGCCUUAACAUUCCCACCCCUGCUUCACCCACCCCAAUGUCCUUUGCCUAGCUGACUGUGGCCUCCCCAUGGAAGGGGGUUGCUACAGAGAAAGCCCCUACCCAUGGGAUUGAGAUCUGCAGAGACAGAGGGAGCUGUGGGUUGAUGACUUCUGCAGCUGAAGCAGCGGGGUGCUGACAGGCAGAGGCUGAGGUCUUCAGUCAGUGGCCUUUGCCUCCUUCUGGAUGCCCAGGCCUCUUUGCUCACCUAAUACCCAAGCCCACCACUUAUAUUUUCUGGUAAGGUACAGUUUGGUAGUGGGAAGAAAGAGACAGGCCUAGAGGGGAAGUUGAAAGCUCUGCCGUUCUGUCCCUCCCUUCCUACCUUAAAGAGAAACCAGCAAGGUAGAGUACCUGCCAUGCCCCCUCCACCAGGCAUUCCUCCCAGGCCAGAGCCCUGCCCCUUCACAGGCCUUCUCUGCCCAGCUGUCUCAGUCUCCAACCCCAGAACAAGACCUGUGGCAGGUCACCUGUGCAUUGGCCUGCAGUUGGAGAGUGAGGAUAUAGGAUCCUUGGGAAUUCUUGGCUCCUAGGAGUUCCUUAGAGAUCAGACUUCUCCAGAGGGAAGCAGGAGCAAGGCCAAAGGGUGUGUUCCGGAUGGAGAACAGCAGGCAGGGCUAUGGGUGACGCAUGCCUCUGGUCUAAUAAACUGGGUUUUAACUAUCUCCUCUUCA